CCAUUACCAAUAUAUACAGCGAGCUGCUAGACACUUCCUUUAAGCAAAACUUCCUUGAGUGGCAACUCAAGCACUGCGAUUUAGACCAGCCUGCGCGAUUAUGGCUCCUAACCCAAGUAUUCCUUACAACCCCGCGGAUCAUGGCGCGCCGACUACGCUACUUCCUGAAGAAGUUUUUGGCCACGUUGACGUUGCGACCUUGACAGAUAUUCACGGGUACCUUCGGGAGAGUGAAGCCCAGGACGACAUUGAGCUGGCUACAUGGAUCCAGGAAAACUACCUGUACGACGUCAAGAAAGACCAAUCUACGGCAACUAUUCGCACCUCCCAAGGCUUCGCUCAGUUAGAUAGGGCUUACCGUCGAGUGCGAUCCCUCACCAACAAAGCUCAGGAUAAAUGGCCAUUCUUUGACAGAAACUUCAAGCAGAUGUCGACAGCAACUGUUCGGAACAAUGCACGCGGUGAAGCCGCCCCUGGGGUAUUGUAUCCAAUUGACAGCGCGCACAAGCCUCCAAAUGCAUCCGAAAAACUGCAAACACCGUCAGUGUCUGACAGUUUCGACAUACCCAGCACUUCUCCGACCCCGCAGCUCCAGGUACCAUUUGGCACUACGAAGCCAAGCCACUAUCAACCAUACAAACAAGAGUACCUUCAUCCAGCGCAACAGGCUUCAGUUUCUCUUACAACCAACCUCCCGGCCUCAAUUACCCCGCAGCGAGACUCUAGAGCGAACUUGGUUCGCUCAGCAAGUCCGGUACACGAGCUCUCAAAGCAUAUAGAUAUUAUCAAGUCUGACGGACGAGCGAUGUCUGAACCUGGACAGCCGCAGCCCGUUGCAUCCUCAAUCGCAGUAGCCGCAGAGACGGAAGAAGGAGGCAUGCAAAAUGCCUCGGAAAGCUCUGAAUCACGGCUGCUGGAUACUAGCAUGACAAGUGAAUCUAAUUUCACCAAGCAUGACUUCAAAGCGGAGCCUAUUAGAGAUGCCGGUGGGGGUAAGGUUCGUGGUCCAAAUGGCCGGUACCUGCCCAAAGACGACGUUUCGUCAGGACCCAAGAAGGUUAAGAAACAGAAAGUCAAAGCUCGCAAACACAGUCCAAAAGUGGUUGAACAAAAAGAGCCACCUACGCCGGAAGCGUCCUCUGAAAAAGCUGAGGAUAUGCUAGUAGACGACGAGAAUGUCGUCGUUGAGGUCCAAAUACCUUCAACACCGCCCCCUGACCGAGAGACAGGCGAAAAGCACCCCAACGAUUCCACUGGGAUGCUCACAGUUUCUGAUGCCUCCCCAUCCCUUGCUGCCGGGGGCGAGACCGAAAAUCCAGUAGCCUCCUUGACCGAACCUACCCCUGCGUACCUUCUCGCGGCUGAAGCGGAUGCGGUCCCUUCAAACUUGGACAGACUACCUCCCAAUUCGCGUAGAGUUAUGAAGAGAAAGAGUGAGCCAGCUGUCCAGGAAGGAGAGCGCAAACGGGGUAAGUAUGGCGGUAUAGUGGGCCGUCCACGAAAACCAGAACGUGAAAGCCACAAUCCUGCCCAAAACGAAACUCCGUUACCAGGAAAUACAGAGACUGCCCUAGAUUUAUCUCCUCAGAUGAUCACGCGUCGAAGUGCUCGACGUUCUGCUGCAGCGAGUUGGGAGAAUGCAAAAUCUGCUGAGCCAACAGAGGAUUUGCCGAGGAAAGGUUCCAAGUCGCCCAAGAAGCAAGCAGUAUCCAGCAUUGUUACUGAGGAGCAUGACAAACCCCCAACAAACGACAUACCAAUGAAGGAUUUGGAAGAAGACGCAAAUGACAACCACGAGGACACUUCUACACCUGCACGCAGGACCAAAAAGCCCACCGGGCGUUUGUCAGCUGUUUCUACAAACAAUCUUCCCUUAAAAAGAGCCUCUGCUCAGGAUGUUCCAGAGGAAGUUCAAGCCAAAACUAAACCUGCAGCUUCUCGUCCCAAAUCAGGUUCAAACAAAUCGUCUUCUCAGCCCCUAUCUUCAUUACCUACAAACAUGGCGCAGAAGGGUACAUCCCAUGAUCCUGUAGAGAGCAGUAAAAGCCAGAGUACUUUAGACGUUUCGACCAGAAUGACGGAUGGGGCGGGACGACCACAUCCUCCCGGUUAUGUGGAACUGUUUGCACGCGUAACUACAGGCAACGGCGUCAUGGAGAUACCCAUUCCUACGGACAAAAUCAACAGUGACGAGGCAAAGAUGAUCAGGAAGUAUGCCGAGUGGAAUGCGCAACCAGACGCAAAACCAGUUCCCUAUGACCAGUUCCGACAGAUCUUCUCCUUCGCUAAGAAAGAGUGAUGCAUGGGACAGGCACAU